AUGUCUGGCGAACGCGAAAAACCAGUAGAACUUGAGCAGGUGCCACUUAAAAUGGACACCGACGCACCUGCAGGAGGCGUAGAAGAUGCGACUCCAGCACCGAAUGCGGUUAAGAAGUCGUGCUGUAUUUUUUUCAAGGCAAAGAAGGCAAUCAUUGAAGAGCCGCCAAAGAAUGAAGAAGAGAAAGCUGCUACCGAGGAGAAGCCAAACAAGAAAUGUUGGUGGGGUAAGCAUAAAAAUGAAGAGCAGCAAAAAUGCGAUCAUAUCUCAAUAGGGAUAGAUCUGGUGAAUCGAGACGAGAAAGGAAUCAAUGAGCACAUUAGGUUUGGUUUCGAAGACAUUUUCGCUGAAGCGGAUACACAACAUUCGUGGGAUUGUGUGUGGCGACUCGUCUACAAGGUGUUCUUGUGGACUCGUCGAUUCGUCUAUCGUCUCUGUUCGUUAAUAAUCGGUCUUCCUGCCGCCAUCGUGUUCGGAAUUCUCUUCGCCAUCCUCUCCGUGAUUAAUGUGUUCGCCUGUGUACCCUUCGCUAAGCUGCUUUCUAUUCCUGCAAACUGGAUUGUUAAGACAUGGCGUUGGUUGGUACAUGCUAUCAUUGAUCCUGUGGCAUUAUCCGUUUCACUUCUUUUCUCGUCAUUCACUAUCAAAAAAUACGGAAUCAGCUCACAACCAACUGAUGUUUUCUAA